GGCACCGCCUCUACCGGCCCCCAGGCCCCGCCCCUCCCGCGCAGUCACGUGAGGCGUCUCUCACGUGACUCGGGGAGGCGGUUGCCAUGGCGAGCGUGGUGCUGGUGCUGCUGUGGCUAUGGCUGUGCUGGGCCCUGGGACCCGCCGCGGCCUCUGCGCCGCCCAAUAUCCUCCUGCUCCUCAUGGACGAUAUGGGUUGGGGCGACUUGGGAGCUUUCGGAGAGCCUUCCAAGGAAACUCCUAACUUAGACCAGAUGGCUUCGGAAGGGAUGCUUUUUCUGGAUUUUUAUACUGCCAACCCCCUCUGUUCUCCAUCAAGGGCAGCGCUGUUGACGGGCCGUCUCCCGGUGAGGAAUGGUUUUUACACCACGAAUGCACAUGCCAGAAACGCGUACACACCACAGGAUAUAGUCGGAGGAAUCCCAGAUUCUGAGUUACUGCUUCCAGAGUUGCUGAAGAAAGCUGGCUACACCAAUAAGAUCAUUGGCAAAUGGCAUCUGGGUCACAGGCCCCAGUUCCACCCCCUGAAACAUGGGUUUGAUGAAUGGUUUGGAUCCCCGAACUGCCAUUUUGGACCUUUUGAUAACAGGGCACUUCCCAAUAUCCCCCUGUAUAGGGACUGGGAAAUGAUUGGCAGAUAUUAUGAAGAUUUCAAAAUUGAUCUGAAGACAGGUGAAGCCAACUUGACUCAGAUCUACCUGCAGGAAGCUCUCGAUUUUAUUAGCAAGCAGCAGGCCAGCCAGCAGCCAUUCUUUUUAUACUGGGCAAUUGAUGCUACCCAUGCUCCUGUUUAUGCCUCCAAACAGUUCCUGGGCACUAGUCAGAGAGGACUAUAUGGGGAUGCUGUGCGGGAAAUUGAUGAUAGCAUUGGAAAAAUCCUGAAACAUCUUCAGAAGCUGGGGAUCAGCAACAACACUUUUGUGUUCUUCACCUCUGAUAACGGGGCUGCUCUCAUUUCAGCUCCUAAACAAGGAGGAAGCAAUGGUCCUUUUCUGUGUGGCAAACAAACCACCUUUGAAGGUGGCAUGAGGGAGCCGGCUAUCGCCUGGUGGCCCGGACAUAUACCUGCAGGAGGGGUCAGUCACCAGCUGGGCAAUGUGAUGGAUCUGUUCACCACCAGCCUCUCCCUGGCGGGACUGCAGCCUCCCAGUGACAGACAGAUUGACGGCAUCGACCUUUUACCUGCCAUCUUGCAGGGCAAGCUAAUUGACAGGCCCAUAUUCUAUUAUCGUGGCAACGAGAUGAUGGCGGUGAGAGUCGGGCUUUACAAGGCUCACUACUGGACCUGGAGCAACUCCUGGGAGGAAUACAGCAAGGGCAUUGAUUUCUGUCCUGGGCAGAACGUCUCCGGAGUGACAACACAUACACAGGAGGAACACACGACUCUGCCGCUGCUCUUCCACCUGGGGAGGGACCUUGGAGAGAAGUACCCAUUAAGCUUUACCAGUGAAGAAUACCAAAGUGUCAUGGAGCGAAUAUCCGUUGUUGUCCAGCAGCACAAAGUGACGAUGGUGCCAGGGGAGCCGCAACUUAACGUGUGCGACAAGGCCGUCAUGAACUGGUCUCCUCCAGGCUGUGAGAAGCUGGGAAAGUGCCUGACACCACCCAAGCCUGAUCCUAGGAAGUGCUUUUGGCCUCACUGAUCUCUGCAGUUCUCAAGAGCUACACAGAGAAGCUAUAACCAGCUGGACACAGGGUUUACAAAGCGUGUCUUCUCAUGUUGGCACUCCUGUUUACACAGAAAGGGUGUGAUGUAUCUAUGAUAUCAUCAUUUGCUCUUCCAAAAGGGCCAGUGUUUAUAUUGCUAGUGCUCAGGGUUUAGCCUGGACUCCUCUGUUGUUUCAGUUGUUUCCGUAAAUGGUAACUUCUGAGUGAAGACUCUUUCAACUGUAAAAGCUCUCUGGACAACCACAACUCUGCCACCACCCCAGAAACGCCGUGGACGCAUCGUUCCUCUUCCUUCUUCCACCCAACCUGCUCUCUCAAACCAUUGCUCGUUUGGAUGCCCCAGCAGCAGCCAUGGGGAACUGUUCAGGAAACACAGAGCCACCAGAAAGCCCUGCCCAAGCUGCCCUUGUUUUGCUUGCCUGUCACUUGUUGGUUUAACAUUUGAUUUCCAUUGUGAACUCUUUGGACACCGACUUAUUUUUCUUUUCUCCGUAAGCUUGCAAGCACUGGGUGCAGCUGUAUGGCCCAGAGCACUGCUGUGCAUCGCUGGGUGCAAGCGAGUGCUCCCACCCUCCCUUCCUUCCAUCUGGAGCUGCAAACAUUCCCUAGGUAAUGGUAUGAAAAAAUCUGAAGAUAGUGUUUGUGUAAGUAUUGCCUUAUUGAUGGUGUGCAGGAUAUUCUUAGGGCACUGGGGGUCAGUUGUUCAUUUAAAGGGUUUUCUUCAUUUCCAAAAACCCAAGUCCAAAUAUGGUUUAAGUCACACUUCUAGUCUCAUGAUCUGGGCCCAGCCAACUGCAGGCUCAGAAAUGCCCGUUUACAUCAGACGUUAACUCUUGACCCUGUUUCCAGCGUGCGCUCUCUGAGGAAUUCUCCUUGUGCAAACUUUCCACAGCCUGGGUGUAGCACUUCUUUAAACAGAGUUCACGGUAAAUGCCGAUCCUUCGCACAAUUUCACAUUGCAAAUUUCUCAUCUGCCUUUCAGCCUGUUUCACACCCUUUGCUAUGGCUAAAAAACAUGUCUGGAACAAAACCGAGCAAAGUUACUCUGAGGCAUCAGGGGAGCAGCUAGAACAACACUGAAAGUGCUGUUUGCAGCACCGACAGCCCCGCUUCCACCCCUCCGGGAUUUUAUAAGUACACGUGCCCUCUCUGUGUGGUGUGGUGCUGCAUUGGGAAAAAUCGAGGCACUCUGUACGUGCAAACAGCCCUUCUUCUUUCCCAAGCAAAGCUCGGGGCUGAUUUGAAACAGGCUGAGAACUCUGCUCUGUGUCUGUGCUGCUGCUCUGGGCUGCUUCUUACCCUCCCCUCAUCCCAAACACUCUCCUUCUCUCUGUUCCCAUGGUUUAUGCCACCUGUAAUCCCCUCCUCAGUAAUUCCUAGUGUAUAUCUCAUGAAGCUGGAUAAUCCUAUAAGAUUGUAAUAAGAACAGCACUUGAGUCGGCUCUUACUGUUCCACCUGUCAGGAGUCACAGCCUUCAUCAGCUGGCAGAGCCUCUGCAUCUCUCUGCACAUCUGCAAAUGGUGCUUGUUGAUAGUCUGAGCUGCUUUACGAUGUUCCUAAUUGUCCUUCCAGUAUACCAAGGCAUUUCCUGUUCAUCCAUAACAUUUCUCCUUGUUUUGACAUAGUGGGGAUAGCUCAAGUCUUGGGGGAUUCUGAUCAGCCUGUUCUUCAGUCAGGACUUGCAGCAGUCAUGUGUGUCCAUCAGCACAGGAGACCAAACAAAAAUCAAUAGCUUCCCGUUUUCUGGGUGUUGUCCACCUCUGCUUUAGUGCUUCUGUCACCCAGAAUUGUUCAGAGCCCUGCAGUCCACAAAUAGCAGCAGAUGAAGAUACCACCAGUGGAGGGAGUCCAGCGCUGCAGCUCUGAAAACCCUCGUCAGCUCUCAGAUCCCGAUGAACGCGCCUGCUGCGAAUUGUAACGGCGCUUUGUCUUUCUGUGUCCUGCUUAUUGAGAGGUCACGUCGCAGGGUGGCAGCUCAGCAGCUCGGCACCAGCCCAGACGCGUUUCUCAGCUCUUUGCAUCCGCAGAACGCACGUCGUGAGCACACGGGCUGCCCUGUGUCCCCCACCUGCCGCUUCGUCCUUCACUCUUUCACAGCUUGCAGGUUUGAAAAUCUUGCUUUUUCCCUCUUGCUUGGACAAGCCAUCCUGUCCUCAGCGCACCCGGUGUUUGUUUGGUUGCCCAGCACACAAAGUCCUCAUUCCUCAUUGAAAUAAUUUCCCUGUGCAUAAAUUCUGGAUGUAAACUUCACACUAGAAAGCUGGCUGCUAUAAGUGAGUCGACUUCAUGUCUGUUUAUUAUCUGCUUCAUGUCCCUUUAUUAUAAAAGAUCAAAGCUUAAUGUGAAGAAGCUACUGCUUUGAAUUUGAAUAAUAAUAGUUUUACAGCUGGAUAACUAAGGAGGAUUUUAAAUCAAUGCCUUUCCCAAAGAUGUACAUAUUAUAAAGUUGUGAGAUAAAGAACUAAUGAAGAAAAAUAAACUAUUUUAUCAGAAAUGCA